CCUACCAUCACCAUGUUAGCCCCGACCUAUGCCAAUUUGUGGUUUCACUUCUACCCCAUCGGCAACACGCCCGCUGUGUCCCUGACACAGGGACUUCCACCGGAGAAGAAGGCCGACAUCCUGCUGCUUGCGUGCGGUGAUCCCCGCAACAUCCUCUUCACCGCCCACUGCGAUGGACCUCGCCCGAUGGACAUCACUUGUUGUGACGUUGAAAGCACAAUCAUAGCUCGAAACAUCACGCUCUUCGCACUCAUUCUCGACGACGCCGAUGGUCAGAAGAGCGGAGACAACUGGAACAUCUUCUACCACUUGUUCCUCGACCAAGCCUGCAAUGACCGGCUGCUGGACCAAGUCAAGAAACUGCACGCCUUGGCUACCAGCCUCAAGACAUGGCGCGCGGGGGAAUACGGCAAGCUGAUCCGGUUCUGCGACAAGGAAACCCUCGCCCGCGUCGCGAGGGCCUGGGCCUUCUACAUCUCUGCGGCUGCCGACAAACAGCUUUGGAUGAAGCAGACGUUCCAGAACGCCGUCAAUGCACGCAAGCGUCAGGUAGGUGAGGCCCAGUUCACAUACACUGGCCUCCGAUCCGCCACCCCUACCGGCAUGCUCGCUGGCUUGGACUUGAACAACCUCCACCAACACUUCUGGAAACACGGCAGCCUCCAUCUGGAUGUCAAGAUUCGCUCCCAAGCCACGUUCGCGAACCCCUUGUUUGCGUCUCCGGAUCCCGCCCUCCAAGACAUCGUGACAACUGCCCAGGCGGAAUUCUCCGAUUGGAGCAACACGUUCAGAAGACGGGCGCAACAUGACUUGACCCUCCGUUUCUUUUGCGGAGACGCUGUGCUUUUCUGUCACACACUUCAGCAUCGGCGCGUUACCGGUUCAGCCACGACCGCCUUUUACUAUCGCAGCCGACAUGACACCAUGGAGCCGCUCGUCCUUGUCGAAGAUGACUACAAGAUCGACGGCACUGCCCCCGUUUCUUUCAACGUCAUCGACACGUCGAACCUCCUCGACCACUCCCGCGGCCUCAACCUGCUCGUCGCCACCUCGCCGCUUCUUGACGGUGAUGCCUCGUCCAGUCUAUAUACCGAGACCAUUGUUCGGCGUGAGGCCAAGUCGGACCAAGAGCACCUCGACAAUCUGGUUGGCGGCCACCUCGCGACCACGUCGCUGCUCUUAGGCUUGUUUCCUAUUGAGUAUUGGACAAAUACCGCCUCUUCAUCCGUCGGCGACGAACAGCUGGCCGACGCAAUCGGGGACGGGCACUCAACAACGGAACCGGAGAAGACAAAUAUUCACUCCAGGAUCACAUGGAAGCGCCCGCCGUUGGGCCCAGGCGCGCGCUUGGAUCCUCUGCACAUGGACGAGGGAGAGCUGGCAGCGCUUCUCUACCAGGUUUAUGUUGACAUGUUCCCGCUUGAGCGACUGGAGACAUUCGUGGCAAACCUUACUCUUGGGUCACACCAGGACAUUCCGCUCCCUUCAUACAGCCGCCUAGGCUUUUUGGCUUUGGUCUCGCUCGUCAAGAGGCGCGUUGUGACGGGCUGGGACAGCGCUAUGGACCGGCUGCUCUCACAUAUCGAGUCUAAGAGCGACUUGGUGCUGGGACACCACUACCUCCAGGAGCUGUAUCUAUACAUGCACCUUCUGGGCCUUCACUCGGUUGACACUUUCAAGAACUUCCCCGGCUUCCGUGCAAUGACGGGUUCCGGGCCAACCUCCGGCUCCGGCCUGGCAGGUUGGCAGGACAUGCCAUCCUCCAUCUGCAUCACGUUGAAGGUGCCACGGUCCGCGCUUGAGCCAAUGACAAAACCCCCGUUUCAUCAUAUAGGAACCCCCUUUGUGCAAGCCGUCAUGCGGAGCUCUCCCAGACACCCUCUGCCAUGGGAAAACUACUAUGCCGCGGUACAACUCGGCUUCGGCAAGCUCUCUACGAACGGGUCGCGCUUCACCAACUCCUUCGCGGUCACCAUCAAGGAGGACUUGCAGGGUUGGCAUGGGGAUUCCCCCUUGCAUGUUUCGUUCAGGGUCCCGUCCUGGACCCUCCUCCACGAGCCACAAACUACGCGCGUGUCUUUUGCAAUUCAGCACCCCCCUACGGUCCUCGAGAUGGAUUCGUGCUUGUUCAACACGACAAUUGGGGACCUUAACAACGUGUACAUCACGAGGGAACUCCCAAAUCUGACGGACACCAUUGUGAUUCCAGGUUUCACGACCGACACCUUCACUCCUCAGGGUCAGAUCAACUCGGGCAUGACGACAUCCACGACGGCGCACACCAACCCCCAGACUGCGAGAAUCACGUCUCUCACCGUCCGCACCAAUCUCAUCGCCCGCGACUUGCGCACAUCCCUCACCAACGGCGCCACGGUCCAAACCACCCCGCUCUCCCCGUACGUCUUCAAAGUCACCAUCGGCAAAGCCCCCCUAACAUUCACCUUCCCGCUCCCCGUCCUCGCCAACACCAUCCAAACCCGCAUCGCCCGCAAGACCGGCUACAUCGAGCUAGCCGCGACCAUCAUCCCCAACGCCGCCGCCGCGCCCUCGGCAACCUUCACCGCCCCCCUCUUCCCACCCCCCACGACCACCAACACCAACACCAACCCCAACACCACCAACCCAACCACCACCACCCCAACAAACAACCCCAUCUGCUGGACCACCCCCUACACCACCCUCUCCCCAUCCAGCCACCCGCGCAUCUCCACCACCAACCCCUCCACCACCCUAUCCUUCCUCCACAUGCACAGCAUCCAGAUGUUGUCGGCGCGCGAGUUCCGCCUGCGCCGCAACCCCUCGGCCGCCCCCCCUGCCGAGCUUGCUCGCGUCGCACUCAAGGAGUCGCUGCACGCCCUGCUGUUGCAGUCCUCCGGGCUGGAAUCUCUUCGCGGCGACGCCGGUCAGACGAGGGGUCGGGGUGGUGGUGGUGGUGGUGGUGGUGGUGGGAGGCGUGGGGAGCGGGUAUUUGUGCUGCGGGACAAGACGGCGGCGGCGACGGCGACGGCGGGGGAUGUGUUGGUGUUUGUGGGGGACAUGAGGCUGGAUCUGGCCAGAAGGGCGGAUGGAUACGGGCGGGGUGGUGGUGAUGGUGGAUGGGGAGGAGAUGCGGUUGUGGAGGGAGGUGCUCCCCGCGUGGGUGGAGCGCUGUCGUGGUGGGAUGGGGUGUGGAGGGCGCCGGUGUCGGUUGAGAUGGGGGAGGAGGUGGUGUGUGGGUGUGGGAAGGGGGUGUUUCCGGAGGGUUGGGGCGCGGAUCUGCCCAUGUGGGGGAUGUUCGAGAAGCACUGUGUCCGGGCGGCCAUUUCGCCCUUGUUCCCCAGCGCGCUGGCCGAGGAUGUGAUCCCGAGGAUUCAGGAUAUCGCUUCUGCACCAGGAGAUGAGCACCUGGAGGAGGAGGAGGAGGGGCGUAACAACGGUGUUAGUGGAUGCCGGAACUGUGGGGAGGAAAAGUCAAAGAAUGGUGAAGACUUGAAGAGCUGCGCCAAGUGCUUGAAGGUCAAGUACUGUGGCCGGGCGUGCCAGCGAGCGGACUGGAAGCGCCAUAAAAAGGAAUGCACUCCCAAGAAGUAG